CACUUGGUGGCAGCAGCGAGCCGUUCUGUUGUUUGCCUGCGUCACAAUGAAACAUCAAGAAGAAGAGCGGGCAGCGGAAGACGGCGAGGAGAACAUAAAGGCUAAAAAAUCAAAGAUGGGGGACAGUGAUGAUGAGUAUGAUCGCAGGAGGAGGGACAAGUUCAGACGGGAGAGAAGUGACUACGACCGUUCGAGAGAGAGAGAGGACAGACGCAGGGAUGACUGGAAUGACAGGGAGUGGGACCGAGGUAGAGAACGUCGUAGCAGAGGAGAGUAUCGAGAUUAUGACAGAGGUCGCAGAGAGAGAUUCACCCCACCCCGGCAUGACAUGAGUCCGCAACAAAAACGCAUGAGAAGAGACUGGGAUGACCACGGGGGAGACCCUUACCGUGGGGGGUACGACUUGGGUUACGGUGGUGGAGGAGGGCCAAGCUAUGGUCCUCCACAGCACUGGGGCCAUCCUGACAUGCACCUCAUGCAGCCUCAUCAUGGUAUCCCCAUUCAGGCAAGGCUGGGAAACAUCCAUGACAUGGAUUUAGGCCCUCCCCCUCCGAUAAUGAAGAGCUUUAAGGAGUUCCUUAUUUCCCUGGAUGACUCCGUGGACGAGACUGAGGCAGUCAAACGCUACAAUGAGUACAAGAUUGACUUCCGCCGACAGCAGAUGCAGGACUUCUUUUUGGCUCAUAAAGAUGAGGAGUGGUUCAGGUCCAAGUAUCACCCAGAUGAGGCCAGCAGACUGAAGGCAGAGGCUCAGGGCUCCCUGCACAACCGCCUUAAUGUCUUCACGUUCCUGAUGGAGAACAGCUGGUUUGAUAGUGUCUCCCUGGACAUUGAGCAGACCCCGGCCAUCAUCAAGGUUCUGGAUGCAGCUGUGAUUAAGAUGGAGGGGGGGACAGAUCACGAUCUUCGCAUCCUGGACUUGCCAUCCGAAGAGGAGGAGGAGAGGGAGAGGGAGAGAGAGAGGGAGAGGGAGAAGUCGGCAUCCGUCUCAGGGGGCGCUGAACCUCCCAAGAGAGACGACCCAAAAACCCAGGACAGUGAUCGCAAACCUUCAGUAGAGAAAGACAAGAAUGAGAAAGAGGAGAGUGACUCUGCCAGCACAGAGAGAGCUGCUGCAGCAGAAGGGGAGGAUGUGAAAGAGGAGGCAGAGAAAGAAACUGCCAAAGACGAAAUGCCUGAACCAAAGAAAGCAAGAAGAAAGAGGAAGCGCAGUGGAGACAGUGACGACGAAGGCAGCGCCUCCGAGAGUGACUCUGACUCUGAUUCAGACUCAAACUCUAACUGCUCUGAUAAACCUGUGAAGAAGGAAGAGGUGGAAGAAAAGGAUGAAGAGGAGGAAGAAGAGGGUGAAGAGGAGAAACUAAAGGAGAACGCAGAAGAGGACAAGAAAGAAGAAAAGAAGGCCAAAGACGACUCCCCCAGACCGCGGCCUCUCCACAGGACCUGCUCUCUGUUCAUGAGGAGCAUUGCUCCCUCCAUUUCCAAGGCUGAGAUCAUUGCUCUCUGUCGGCGAUACCCUGGCUUUUUGCGUGUUUGCUUAUCUGACCCCCAUCCAGAGCGCAGGUUUUUCAGACGUUGCUGGGUGACAUUUGACCGCAGUGUCAAUAUCAAGGAGGUGUGCUGGAACCUUCAGAAUAUCAGGCUGAGAGACUGUGAACUGGCACCAGGGGUGAACAGGGACCUGGCCCGGAGGGUGCGUAAUGUUAAUGGCAUCACCCAGCACAAGCAGGUGCUCCGCAACGACAUCAAGCUGGCUGCCAAGCUCAUCCACGCCCUUGAUGAGAAAGGAGACCUCUGGAGCAACAAGUUCCGAGAGGAGGGGCAGAGCGCUGAGUUACCAGCUCAGAACCCCAUCCUGAAGAACAUCACAGAUUACCUGAUAGAGGAGGUGAGUGCUGAGGAGGAGGAGCUGCUGGGCUCCGGAAGUGGGAUGGACCCUGAGGAGGGCGCCAAGGAGGGAAACCCUACCGAGACCACCGUGGAGAGGGACGAGAAACUCGCUAAGGUUUUGGAUCGUCUGCUCUUGUACCUGCGUAUUGUGCAUUCAAUUGACUACUACAACACCUGCGAAUACCCCAGUGAAGAUGAAAUGCCGAAUCGCUGUGGUAUGAUCCAUGUACGGGGACCCAUCCCUCCCAACCGCAUCGCACAUGGAGAAGUGCAACAAUGGCAGAAGAUGGUGGAGGAGAAGCUGAGUCCUUUGUUUGGUCUGAAAGAAAUCCUGUCUGAGGAUGAGGCGUCGAAGAUGGGCCGCAAGGAUCCUGAAGAGGAGGUGGAGAAGUUUGUGUCUGCAAACACUCAGGAGCUGGGAAAGGACAAAUGGCUCUGCCCGCUUAGUGGGAAGAAAUUCAAAGGUCCAGAGUUUGUACGCAAGCACAUCCUGAACAAACAUGGGGACAAAAUUGAAGAAGUGAAAAAGGAAGUGGCGUUUUUUAACAAUUUUCUGAUGGACGCAAAGAGACCGUCGCUACCAGAGAUGAAACUUCCUCCUCAUCCAGGCCCAGGUUUGCUUUCUCCCAGCAUGCCGUUUCCUCCUCAAGGGCCUCAGGGUCCAAUGGGCUUCGGUCAGCCUCGCCCUCCUCUGAUGGGUUACGGAGGUGGUCCCCCUUACCCUCCUAACCAAUACGGGGGAGGAGGAGGAGGAGGAGGAGGAGGAGGAGGAGGUGGUGGUGGUGGUGGUGGUGGUGGAGGUGGAGGUGGUGGAGGAGGAGGGGGAGGAGGAAGAGGCAAUUAUGACAACUUCCGCGGACAAGGUGGCUACCUGGGAAAGCCACGCAACAUCAGGUGAGACCACUAAUGUCACGAGGAGACCCACGCAACAUCAUUGAGUAUCGUGACCUGGAUGCACCAGAUGACAUGGACUUCUUUUAAAAAGUUCGCUCCCAGACUUCACUCUUGACCGGUGUUGUGUUGUGCUUUUUUUUUUUGUUGUAGUGACUAGAGUAUUUCUUUUCUUUAAUAUUUGAUGUAAUUAAUGUGAAACUAGAACAAAACUUCUGAUGUAAACUGGUUCCUCAAUAAAGUUGUGAUCUAACUAAA